ACAUUUUCACAGCCCCGACCAAACAGAGCCUCUAUAUAUAGCUAUGGGUAUGUAUCAUGUAUCUGUGUGUGUGUAGGAGAGUGGUCUUCAUUUUCAGUUGCAGAAGAUUAUGGGAACCGUAAUCGACUCCCAUUUUCUUGCCCUCACUGCUCUUGUGACUGUGGGGUAUCAGUUCAUCUUCUUCCUAAUCACAGCUCUUCUCAAGUUCGACAAAGUUACUGACUUCGCUGGUAGUACCAAUUUUAUUAUACUUGCUGUAUUGACCGUGGUUCUUAAAGGAACAUGGCAUUUUAGACAGUACUAUUUUUUCCAGGUUGUCUUGUCAUUGCUUGUAGUAAUAUGGGGUCUUCGUCUGGGACUAUUUCUAUUGAUGAGGAUUUUACAAUGGGGAGAAGAUCGACGCUUUGAUGAAAUGCGUGGCAAUUUCGGCAAAUUGGCAAUGUUCUGGACAUUUCAGGCUGUCUGGGUCUGGACUGUGAGCUUACCUGUGACAAUAGUUAAUGCAAGUGACAGAAAUCCCUCUAUUCAAGCUCAGGACAUAAUUGGGUGGAUUAUGUGGUCCAUUGGUAUCAUUAUUGAAGCUACAGCUGAUCAACAAAAGCUGAAUUUCAAAAACUUCCCAGAAAACAGAGGAAAAUGGUGCAGUGUUGGAGUUUGGAAAUACUCUCGUCAUCCAAACUAUUUUGGUGAGAUUUUGCUUUGGUGGGGAAUCUUCGUGGCUUCUACACCAGUAUUGAAAGGUGCUGACUGGCUCGUUAUCCUUGGGCCGUUAUUCCUUACAUUGUUGCUUCUUUUUGUCAGUGGCAUACCAUUGCUUGAGGUUUCAGCGGAUAAAAAGUUUGGCAAUGUGGCUGGAUACAGGGUAUAUAAAAGUACAACCAGCCCUCUGAUUCCACUGCCGCCUGUAGUUUAUGGGAACUUGCCCUCAUGGUUCAAGAAAGCUUUCCUCUUUGAGUUCCCUAUGUACAAUCGAAAUCUGCCUCAAGAAGGGCAAAACUGGAAUAGAACAAGCUUUGGACAGACAAGCAGUGGAUUGAAGAUGCAUUAACUAAGUGUAUUCCAUGUUUUAUUUGCUUGCACUGGCCUGCUUAUGGAACUCGGGAACUUCAGUCGCAUUUAUCACGGUUUCCUUCUUAAUGUUGCAUUCCAACGGUGCCCCAGGUGAGUUGGGCGAGGGAUGUUUGUAGUAGUUGUAGUUACUUUUCUCUCUUCUAGUACUUUUUUCAUGUUUUCUAUAUUUCCUUAUUCUUUUCUCCCCGGAGACAAAAAAAAAAAAAAAAGUGCAUUGGGUUGUUUAAUUGUUGUAAUUUAUAAAAGCUUGAAUUGGAAAGAGGAACCAAAACCAUGAAUGAUGGUUAAUAUCUGGCCAAGGGAGUUGCUUUUCUCUGUCAUAGUUCAUUUUGUGACAAUGUGCAUAUGGUGUGGUAUGUACAGUUUUGAUAUUCUCA